AUGCGCGUGGUCGAGGUAGGUGGGAUUGGCGUCAAGGAUGUGAUGGAGCUAGAUGAGCUAGAUGAGCUAGACGAGCUAGAUGAGCUGAUUGUCGAUGAGGAUGUCAGGCUAGCUGAGGAGCUAGAAGAGGAUGUUGUUGAGGUUGUAGAUGAGGUUGUAGAUGAGGUUGUAGAUGAGGUUGUAGAUGAGGUUGUAGAUGAGGUUGUAGAGGCUGGGGUGGAUGUUGGAGUGGAUGGGGAUGAGGAGGUCGUCGACAUCGAGGAAGAAGAGCUAGAAGUUGGUGUUCCAGUAGAUGUAGAGCUCACGGAGGAUGAGAUAGAGGAGCUCGAGACUGAAGAUGCCGAGGUGCUAGCUGUUGAUGACGUAGAAGAGCUAGACGUUGGUGCGACAGACGAACUUCCAGACGAAGAGGCCGAUGAGCUGAUGCUAGAGGACACAGUCGACGAUGCCCCUGAAGGAAUUGAGGAAGAGCUGAUUGCUGGCGCAGAGGAACGGGUAAAUGGUAUAGAAGCACUUGAGGUAGACAGCCCGGAAGAGCUUGAGGGUGUCGGCUGGGGGGAUGAGCUGAUAGAUGCAGAAGAGGUAGUACUCCGGGGCCCGGGAGAUGUACUGCUGGAUACUGUUCCUGGUGGUGUUGGAGAUGAGCUGCUAGGGUUGGUUGAUGUUGACGAGGUCGACUGGCUAUUCCCAGAAGACGUGCUGAGAGGCCGCAAUAUGGAGCUUGUUGAUAGACUGGAGGCUACAGUGGACGAACUCAACGCCGAUGUUCCUGAGGGUGUACCAGCGCCUGAUGUGGAAGAGCUAGUCGUCGACAACGUAGAAGAACGAACUGUGACACUUCCAAUGCUACUUGAUAGCGAGCUAGCUGUGGAUCCCGACCGACUGGUGCUUCCACCAGUGCUAGAGCUAAAAGGUGUAAUUGACGAGCCGGGCGUGACAGACCCACUUGUCCGGCUUGUGGGUGUGGCGGAGGAGAUUGCAGAAGGCGGGGGACCGGCAGAACUCGAAGUUGCAACAGAUGGACUGCUUGAUGCGGCGCUAUUUGUAGAUGACGAUCGGGUAGAUACCAGAGUGGCCGUACUGCUGACGCUAAACUGA